CACCGAGGGUUCCGUACUUUUUAGAAUUUGUUGUUAUAGCGGCGACAGAAAUACAUCAUCUGUGAAGAUUUCAACUAUAUAACUAUCACGGUUCAUGAUACAUAACUUGGUGACGGACGGACAAAUAGACGGACGGACUGACGGACAGCAAAGUCUUAGUAAUAGGGUUCCGUUUUACCGCUUGGGUACGGAACCCUAAAAACGAAAGAUUUUUGACCAAAAGUUUAGUAAAGUAUAUGAACCACGUCAACUGUCGGCAAAUCGGCUAACUAAAGUUUGCGGUCUUAUGUUUGUAGUUGGUUUUUCAGGGAGUUAUCUUCAUUAUGUGAACGGAUUUCAACAAUUUUCCUUUUUGUUUUACAGAAGGUGUACUUAAUAAAUUGGGCAUAUUCUGUGGUACUUCUAAUUAUUUUGUAUAUCUAGUUUGAUGAUGUAGGAAAUUUAGCUUUAUUUUAGCAUUUAUACGAGCAUAGUUUAUUUUGCUCGGGGUAAGACAAACAGUAUGACGAUUCAAGUAAUACAAGUGUUUGUCUUGCCCUGGUGAUAGUCUUACCUUGUCUUAUGGAAUUUUGUACUUAGUCAUGUUUUUUUAAUACACAUGUAUUUUACUUUCCUGGUAUUCGAAAUGAAAAGCAGAGCGUUUAACUCGGGUGAAAAGCACCAUUCCAGUCUCGGACUAUUAGCGUUAUCACUGCGUUUGUUCCAAACUACAUCGACAGAAAUGAGUAUAUUUAUCCCUUGGUUAACAAUCUACUAUUGAAAUGCCACUGCCAGGGGCGAUAUGUUCUUCUAUGGGGCUUUCCGUUAUUCCGAUCCCGAUGUCACCUUCAUAACGACUACUAAGUACCUAUGCUACUCCAAUAGGUAGGAUAGGUAUACAAUAGAAACAGUUUUCCGCAAUUACAGUGACGUCCAAAUUCACAUUGAGUGAACGUAGAGGUCGUUUCUUUAAUACGCAUGAAGUUUGUUUAUCCUAACUCUUUUAUGCAAAUAUCACGAAGAGACGUGAGUGGAUUCAAAAGAAUUAUUGUUUGAAAUUACAUUAAGCGCAUUGCCUUAUAAUAAUAUUCGGUCCACAGCAAAUCUCCGUCGGAUGGCUAGCGAGACGGCUUGUCUGCUUGUUCCCAGUUCUCGCGCCCUUGUUUAUCUGGGGGUGCCGGCCGGGUGCCGGGCGCCGGGUGGUAGCGGGAGCGACAGCACGGCACGGCACCCCGCGGCAGUGCCUCCGGAACCCUCCCAGAGAUGGGACGCCCGCUCGCCGCCCUAGCGUCUACCACGACCACGACACGCGCUUACACCCAAACACAUAGAUGAAUUCGAUGAGAACUUCCACUCAUGUGAAUGCAAAAAUGACUCUUUUUAUACGUUUAUAUUGUGUUAUAUGGAUAGCGCUAUUGACUUCAUGCAGCAGCACGACAGGUCGGGAAUUACCUACCGGGCAAAAUGUAGUGUCAGUAGCGCCUAUAGAAGUUCCCGACGAAUCCAUGUACCCGAGGUUUGCUGAACCAAUUCCGAACGUCACGGUGACAGUGGGCAGGGAUGCCUUGCUCGCUUGUGUUGUCGAUAAUUUACGAGGAUUUAAGGUGGCAUGGGUCAGAAUGGACACGCAGACAAUCCUGAGCAUCCACCACAACAUCAUAACGCAGAACCCGCGCAUUAGCCUGUCGUACAACGACCACCGCUCGUGGUACCUGCACAUCAAGAGCGUGCAGGAGGUGGACCGCGGGUGGUACAUGUGCCAGGUCAACACCGACCCUAUGCGCUCCAGGAAAGGAUAUCUGCAGGUCGUGGUGCCUCCAUCAAUCAUCGACAACAUGACAUCGACGGACAUGGUGGUGCGUGAGGGCUCGGACGUGACCUUGGUGUGUCGCGCCAGCGGCUACCCCGAGCCCUAUGUCAUGUGGCGCCGCGAGGAUGGCCAGGACUUUAAUUAUAACGGAGAAUCAGUAAGCGUGGUGGAUGGAGAAACCUUGACCAUAUCCAAGGUGUCUCGUCUCCACAUGGGGGCGUACUUAUGUAUAGCAUCCAACGGGGUGCCGCCGUCUAUAAGCAAGCGCAUUAUGCUAAUGGUGCAAUUUCCACCGAUGUUAUCAAUACCAAACCAGUUGGAAGGAGCAUAUAUAGGUCAAGAUGUUACACUGGAGUGUCACACCGAGGCAUACCCUUCCUCAAUAAAUUACUGGACCACCGACCGGGGAGAUAUGAUCAUUUCUGAAAUGGAAAUUGUAGGUGGCAAGUAUGAAGCUUUCCCCAUGGACAGCGGCUACAACAAAUUUAUGAUGCUCAAGAUAAGAAACAUUACCAAGGAGGACUUUGGCUUCUACAAGUGUAUCGCCAAGAAUUCUCUGGGAGAGACUGACGGCAUUAUUAAACUGGACGAAAUACCGGCGCCACCGUCAGCGUUUUCUACGACGCCAAAAGCAGUUUUGGACAAUCAAACAUUUAAGAAAAAAGGGCGUCACGAAAACUCAGUAACCAACGAUGCAGUAAGCUCAAACUUUCAAGGAGAAGUCUACGGUGAACAAAUACGGACGUUUGGAUUUGGUGACGAAGAAAACUCAUCAAAUGUCAGGAGAAGCAGCAUAAAUUACGCAUUGAUUCCUUUUUGUGUCAUUCGCCUGAUAAACACAUUAAGAAAUUGGGAACUGUCUUGAUGAUUGAUUUGUAAACAUCCAUAGCUUUCACAUUAUUAAAUUAACCGUGAAAAUCUUUGUCUCUUUUCUCGUGAGCUGAACAGACAAUAAGUACAUAUUGUAUUGUAUUGUAUUUCGUCAAACUUUAGUUUGUAGUACAGUAUGCCUAUGAUGCAAAACUAUGCAAAGCAAAACUAUUAGCUUAGCACCCCUGCAUAUGAAAAUGUGUGUAGAGCUGCUAAUCGUUUUGCUGGCUCUACCUAUCUUAAAAUUGGAUACAUACAUGUCUAUAUUUCAGGAUGUCCAUUAGAAGCAUAAGGUAACUAUGGAAUUCUGUUGUGGAGAUACAUUAAAUUUACAUACAUUCCCUUGAAUUCAGUUAAAAUAGUCCCUGGCCGCUAGCUACAUACAUAAGCGCGUUCUAAUGCAGUACCUACGAGUAAUACUAAUCAGUAGGUACGAAUUCUGCUUUAAAUUUAAUGAAUAUCGAACCAUUCUACAUUUCUGCUGUUUAUAAGUACAAGUAGCCUGCCUGUUCGUUUUUCCAACAGUUCGUCCAAUAAAACAUCUCAGGUAACUAGUACAUGUACCGUUCCAUUUUAUCCAUUAUACAGCGAGUAUUUUUCAUACUAUCGUAUAAUCAUAGGGUAGCUAGCUUAGGCCCGAAUGAACAUACUUUCACAGGUUUUGUAAAAAAAGUACCUACGACUUUUAUUUUUGUAAUAAAAUAAUUCAUCACUACUUUGUUUUAAUUUAAAACUCAAAUGCGACUUGACAACUGUCACAAAUUAUCACUAGAGAACGGAUUUGAAGGAGCGAUUUCAAUAUUAAUAUGGAUAUGACUUGUAUAAUUUAUUAUUUUUUCUACACACAAAAAUAAUGUAUUUUAUCGGAACGUAAAAGUAAAAACCUUCUUGGAAGCUUUUAAAUAUUGGGCAAAAAUUAUGAUGAUAAUAAAUAAAAACAUCGUUUGUUAAAUUUAGAAAAAGUUUUUUUUUUAAGUUCUUCUUCUUUAAUAUUUAUUCGGCACAAUGCACAAUAAAAAAUAUUAUUACGACUCAAAGAAAUGAAAAAUGAAAAUAAUUCGCUUCCACAGUGGUCACAGAACAAUUCAUUAAUUUCGAGGCAGUUUAUUGGUUUUUCCUCACAAAUGAAGCCAAAGCAAUAAUGAUACUCACUCACACUGCAUUUUAAGCAUACACCGUCGAAAAAUACAUUUUCACCCGUUCGUCACAUGUUUUAUCGUCCACGAUGGUAACGAUUGCAAAAACAGUAUUAUACUUAAAUCUCUUGGCAAUUCUAGUUGCCAUCUAAACCAAGAAAUCCAUUAUAUUAAUGACAAUAGCGAUUGCCUACUUUACAAAGCCAAAACUAUUCUGGAGUUGUGAAACUUCUUCUACUACGGCUUACCUUUUCAUCCAAAAAGAACUCGUUAUUCGUUCUCUCGAAGGAAUUUCAGUACUUUAUAUUUCAUUAUUGCAGCAAUUUUAAACAUAGCCAAAGUGUAUAUUUUUUGCAUCAUUGAAUCAGAAGUAUAUAUGGUCUAUGUGAAAAAUAAUACAUACCUAUGUCAAUUUUUUUUAGUUUUUUCUCUUUUAUUUUUCUAUGAUUUUUACGACGAAUUUUUCAGACGAAUGAUACCAGACUUUAAUGUUACCAAAAAAGGUUUAUGUCAGUAUUUGUAUUUUAAAUUAACUGUACUUAAAAUAAUUUAUGAAGCUGCAUAAUGAUAAUGACAUGUUAGAUACACAAAUUGCACUAGUCAUAUUCAUACUAAUAUUGAGAUUGCUACUUCAAAUCCGCUCUCUAAUUAGCACUAUGUACGAAAUACAUUAACCUAGAAUCGUCUCGUAGCACUAAAACCUACAUUCCGUUUAACUUUUCGGUUAUAUAAAAAAUACACACUGUAUUCAGAAAGAACUUAUAUAUUUAGUAAUACUGCCGGCGUCAAAUUAAAAUGCUUUUAAAAUGCCCAACUGCCUAUGUAUAUAACAACUCAUUAAGCACUAUCCAUCCAAAUUAAUAAUUAUAAAUACAAAGUUAUCUAAAUCGAAAUGUUAUUGAGAAAAAAAUAACAUUUUCAAAGCAAACUUCUACGAGAAAGAAAGAUGGGAAAGAAAGGUCAUAAUUCUAAGUGGUACGAGUACAUUCGGUACUACGUAAGCGUAAAUAUUUUGAAGAAUUUCAUAAAUCUCAGUGCAGUUGGGCAAUUCUCAUAUCCAUGCAUUCAGACGUACCUACAUAUACAUAAGCAUACAACAUAGGACCGUAGGUAUUUCGAACGAGUGUCUAGUUUGAGCUUUCCACAUAGGUCAAUAUAGCAAAGUUUGAUGUGAGAUAUAAAUACACUCAAAGUCGAUGAAAACGGAUUAGUUAGAAAAGUGACACGUUUUCAAGUAGUACUUAAGUGUAUUAUAUGUACUAUCACAUUUCUUGUGACCCAUUUAUCUUGCUCAUCCUAUACGGGUAAACUAAUAAUUUAAUCAAGCGUCCGUUUUGUUUUCUUGUGAUAAUGUCAUAAUGAUAAAUCAUACCGUUAGGUGACAUUACUUAUUGUUUACUAAGUAAAUGUCAUGACCUGAAUGAAUGAUAACACCCACGUGAGCUGUGAUCAAAGUCAACAUGUUGAUGUGUGUGGUAGCUUGUAGGUUUAAUUUUAAUAAUCAAUUUUGUAUAAAUGCUUUGAACUACAACGACGAUUUGUACCUACAUACAUAAGUGCUUCGGGUAAUAGAUUUUAGUAAGUACUUGCCUAUCUUAAAGAUGUAGUAUCAACACUGAACUCUGGAAGUAUUGUCUGUGCCUACAUAUCCUACCGCUCUUCGCUUUAGUAGACUUGUGUAAAUGUUUUGGUUUUGACUUAGGCAGUUUCAGAUUAGGUUUAAUGUUUGGCUCUGAUGUAAAUGUGUAUUAGAAUAACUAUUUAGAAACUGCUCUAUUACCUAGUUAAUUUAUUUAGACUUUUGUAAUAUAACUGCAAAAAAAGAACUGCCAAAAUGAUUGAAUAAACUAUGCCUGACCGAAA